CAUUACAUAGGAGAAGUGACCACAAUUCCAGUGAAAAACAAAAAAAAUUUGCACCAACAUCCCGUAUUUGUCCAAGAUUUGACAAUCCUGGUACAACCCGGAGGUCACUCUAUCAUUAGCAAGAUGGAGUGAACACAAUUCCGGCAAAAACCCGUUAUUUUGCAUCUGCAUCCCAUAUUUGUACAAGAGUUUUCAUAUUUCCCAUACUGAAUUUACAUUGCCUUUACCUCAUUUAAAAACCAAUUUUUCAAAGGACCCCAAAACCGUCUUGGAAUUUCACAUAAAUCCAAGACAUUUUACGUUAUAAUAAGACCGUAAAUCUCUAUCGUAGAAUACAGAAUCUUGGAAUAUUUUUAUCCAAGCCUCUUUUGACAACUCAUUUUGUAAAUCUUUAUUUUGAUUUUGAUUCGUAUCUCAGAAUACUAAAAGUCUUGGAAGUUGUAUGAAGAAACAAGAUUUUUAGGUUAUGGUUCGACCGUAAAUCUCUAUCUUAGAAUACCAAAUCUAGAAAUAUUUUGAAUUUCCAAGAUUAUCCUGAAAAUUUCUUGGAAUUUUAAAGUAGAAUACCAAAUCUUGGUUUUUUUCUUUAUUUUGAUCUUUAUAUUUAUCUUAGAAUACCGCCAUAUAUCUAAUGCGGAUAUAGUCGAACUUUCUUGUCUAACUUCUUUUACUUACGUCUAAACUUCUUGUCUAAUCUCGUCUAAUUGUCAUAAAAGAGAAAGAUAAUCGUCGAAAGUUUUAGGUUCAGCCAGAGAUUUCCUGGAAGAAGUUUUCAUUUGCGUUUGUGGCAAUAUUUAUUGAAAAUUAAAAUUAUUAAAUUGAGACUGAAGUAAUGAUUAAUAAAAUAAAUAAUUUUAUUGGUUAAAAAAGAUUUUUUUUAUAAAGGAAUCAUAAUUUUCUGGGAUUUAUUGAAAUUCCUUCCUAUAGGAAGUUCUGGAUAAUUUUUGAUUGAUAAAAUAGAUUCCUGAAUAAAUGAUUAAGGACUCUUAAUGAAUCCUUAUUGGUCAAAUACUGUACCUCCUGUACGGCCACGGGCUGUUCAAGAACCCCAACCACCGGAACCAAGUCAAAUCUUUAUUUGUGGUGAACCCUACACAGAGCCUACAAUUAAGAUUGAAAUCUCUUCAGAUUCCGAGGAUGUCAGUGGAUUCUCAUCAAAUGAUGAUUUAGCUUCACCCGAAGAUCCUGGAAGUUCUGAACUGAAUAAUGAUGAUAAGGAAAAAGAAAAUAAUAAAAAUGAAACUGAAGCAAAUGAAGGUGAUAAAAAGGAAGAGAACGAAAAGAAAGAAGAAGAUGGAGCAUCAAAAAAAGAGAAGAAACUCACCCACAAAUGCCCAAUUUGUGAGAAAACCUUCGGCAGGAGUUACCAUGUUAGAUAUCACAUGGCAUCCCAUGCUACAGAGCUCAAUUUCCAAUGCCCCGAAUGCCCCAAAGCCUUUGCAGAUGACAUUCGUCUGGGGCAACAUGUGAAGAGGGUUCAUGCAAAAGGGGAGCCCCAAAUUUGCCAAAUUUGCGGGAAAUCCUUCAAAUCCGCUGAGUACCUGCGAUUGCACAGCAACAGGCAUUCAGAUGUGAAAAAGUACGGCUGUGAGUUGUGUGGGAUGCGCUACACACAGAGUCAGCAUCUAAAGAUGCACAUAAUGCGCGUACACGAAGGGAAGUCCGUUAUGGAGGUACGUCGAAAGGGCCGGAAGCCACUUGUUUGCACAGAAUGCGGGAAGACGUUAUGGGAUAUGUGCAACUACCGGAAUCAUCUUGCCUCCCACACCAAUGAGAAGGCCUUCAAGUGCCCCAUGUGCCCGAAAACAUUCAAACUUGAGAGCUACAUCAAGAUGCACCUUCGUACGCACAGCGAUGAGCGCCCCUUUGUCUGUGAGGUGUGCAAGAAAGCCUUCCGGAGGGCACGAGACCUAACAAUCCAUCGGGCAAGGCAUAUGGAAAAGUCCAUUCCGUGCAAACUCUGCGAUCGAGCAUUCCGCAGUAGACCACUGUACAGGAGUCACAUGGUUGGGAUUCAUCGGGGAAUUCCUCUGGAUAUCACAGAUGGUCCCCUUUCUUGUACCCUCUGCCAGUUGAUCUGUAGGGAUUUAGAAGACCUCAAGGAGCACGUGAAAAUGCACGAAGAUGAUAAACCAUUUGAAUGUGCAAUUUGUGGAGAUAAAUUCUACGAUAAGCUCCGCAUUAGACGCCACAUUCGCCAAACACAUUCAGAAUUUGCCAGGAAGAAAUCAAAGAAAGUCUACCAUUGUCCGGAAUGCAGUAAAAUCUGCAAAGGACAGCAGAGUUUUCAACUUCAUCGUGCCUGUCAUGGUGUUGAUGAGCCAGUUGAAUGCAAAAUCUGCUUCCGGAAGUUUAAUCAUAAAUUCUAUCUGGGAAGGCAUAUGAUCGUUCAUAGGAAUAAGAGGAAAACAACCGCGUUAGAGGAAUCAGAAAAUCAAAAGAAAUCAAACAAAUUGAAGGAAAAAUCAUCAAAAGAGAAGAAAAUAAAAUGUCCGCACUGUAGGAAGGAAUUCAAGAAGUCAGGCUUCCUCAGGAAGCACAUAGAGCAACGUCAUGCAGACACAGAGCAAAAUGACAAGUCCCCAGAGUCCCAGGAUGAGGAUAACAAUGAAGUUCUGCCCACAGAGGUGGUUAAUGUGGAUGUAAAUCCGGAAUUUAUAAAAGUUGAAUGUUUCGAAUACAAAGAAGAAGCGGAAGAAGCUAUAAAUGGGCUCGAAGGAGUCGAUUAGAAACUCCAAAUAUAAUAUUUUGAGGUUAAAA